CUCAUCUUGUCUCCCCCAGCCCGGUUUGCCUGCUCAGAACUUCUCCAUGUCGGUCACGGUUCCGGUGUCCAACCCCAACACUUUAACCUACAGCAACCCCGGGAGCUCCCUCGUGUCCCCGUCCCUGGCAGCCAGUUCGUCCCUGACGGACACGACCAUGCUGUCCCCCCCUCCGAGCACCCUGCACCGCAACGUGUCCCCCGCCGCGCCCCAGAGACCGCCCAGCGCCGGCAACGCAGGUGGAAUGCUGGGGACAACUGAGCUCUCAGUGCCAAACGGAGCUGGUACCAGCCCAGUGGGUGUAACUGCAGCAUUCUAA